GCCAAGCUCAAGCAGGUCGUUGACAUGGCCGUCUUCUCUCAACUACUAGAGAUGGAUGAUGACGAAGAUUCGUCGGCACUCUAUGGGUUUAUUGACACAGACCCAAACACCGUGGAGGACAUGAACGAAGCACUGUCAAGUCCCAAUAUUCUAUGCAGACCAAUCAGUCCUCCUAGUUAG